GCCCCGCCGCCCCGCCCGGCCCCGCCGCGCCGCUCCGCCCGGCCCGGCCCCGGGAGGGCCCUCCGCCGAGGGCGUGGGGCACCGGCGAGCAGGUGACACCGCGGGCCGCCCUGCGCCGUGUGCGCGGCAUGUGCGCGCCCGUGUAGCGCGGGCUGCCCUCAUGGGCAGCGGCGCCGGCGGCUCUUCCCUCUGCCCCCCGUCUCUGGAAGCCCGGGCAGGAAACGCUCCUCAUGUCUCCCAGAUAAAAAUAAAAGCGACUCCCUCCUCCCGGCCGCAGAGUGUCCCCGAGCUCGGCCAGACGCGGGGCUGAGCCGGCCCCGCCGCCCGGCAGCGCCUCUCCCCCGCCGGCCCGGAGCGCCGGGCAGCGCCGCCGCCCGCCCCAUGGACAUCGCAACAGGUCCCGAGUCCUUGGAAAGGUGCUUUACGCGGGGCCAGUCGGACUGCUCAAAGAUGCUGGACGGUAUUAAAAUGGAAGACCACCCUCUGCGCUCGGGUCCGGCCACGUUAGGAGUGCUGCUGGGGUCGGACUGCCAGCACCAGGCCGUCUGCGAGGGCUGCCAGCGGCCCAUCUCGGACCGGUUUCUGAUGCGGGUGAACGAGUCCUCCUGGCAUGAGGAGUGCCUGCAGUGCGCGGCGUGUCAGCAAGCCCUCACCACCAGCUGCUACUUCCGGGACCGAAAGCUCUACUGCAAGCAGGACUACCAACAGCUGUUUGCUGCUAAGUGCAGUGGCUGCAUGGAGAAGAUCGCCCCAACAGAAUUCGUCAUGAGAGCCCUGGAGUGUGUUUACCACUUAAGCUGCUUCUGCUGCUGUGUUUGCGAACGACAGCUGAGGAAAGGGGACGAAUUUGUUCUUAAGGAAGGGCAGUUGCUCUGCAAAAGUGACUAUGAAAAAGAGAAAGACUUGUUGAGCUCAGUCAGCCCAGACGACUCAGACUCAGUUAAAAGCGAUGAUGAAGACGGAGACGUUAAGCCCACCAAAGGACAAGUCACCCAAGGAAAAGGAAGUGAUGAUGGGAAGGACCCAAGAAGACCUAAACGGCCAAGGACAAUACUUACUACGCAGCAGAGACGAGCAUUCAAAGCGUCCUUUGAAGUGUCUUCCAAGCCCUGUAGGAAGGUCAGAGAAACACUAGCAGCUGAAACAGGACUCAGUGUGCGAGUUGUCCAGGUCUGGUUUCAAAACCAAAGAGCAAAGAUGAAAAAACUGGCACGAAGGCACCAGCAGCAGCAGGAGCAGCAGAACUCGCAGCGACUAGGGCAAGAAGUGAUGUCCAACCGAAUGGAAGGGAUGAUGACAUCUUACACGCCACUUGCACCGCCACAGCAGCAGAUUGUAGCAAUGGAUCAAAGCAGUUAUGGCACAGACCCAUUUCAGCAGGGUCUUACCCCUCCACAAAUGCCAGGCGACCACAUGAACCCUUAUGGAAACGACUCCAUUUUUCAUGAUAUCGACAGUGAUACCUCUUUAACUAGCUUGAGCGACUGUUUUCUUGCCUCUUCCGAAGUUAACUCCAUGCAGGCUAGAGUAGGAAACCCCAUUGACAGGCUGUACUCUAUGCAGAGCUCGUAUUUCGCCUCAUGAAAAUAAAAGAAAACAAACAGCCGGCGUGUAUUUAGCCAGUGACUUUUUCCAGUGCAGACUCUACAGCCAUAUGUUGCCCAGCUCUUCCUUCACAGUGACUCCUGCUGCCUCUGGACUGCAAAGAGCAUUUUUAGGAAGACUAUAUCUGUGUGCAUAUAUGUGUAUGUAUGUAUAUAUAUAUUAAUACCUACCUACAUACAUACAUACAUAUAUAAUAUAUAAACAAAACGCAUCCACCAGUCCCAUACCCUUGAUUCCCAGCUUGCACCAGACCACGAGACAAGCACGGAAGGAACAGAAGACCCUGCUCGUCAGCAGCCUUUGGUUUGGUUUGAGCUCAUCGUUGUAAAGGAAAUGGAUUUUGCGGAAAGCUAGACCUUUUCCUCCUUUCUCUCUUCCUUUCUUUUGGAUGUUUAAACUUUUUUUUUUUUUAAAAGCCACUGAUACUGACAUCAGUCGACCAUAUGACAAAUAAAUCAAAAGAAACUGGAGAUUCCUCCCUUUUCUUACUGCAUGAUUCAUACUAUGUUGUGGAUAAAUUGCCAUUUGAACUGUGAGAAGUUAAUGUAAAUGUGACGUCCAACAUUUGUUUCCUUUCUACACUUUUUCUACAUAACCUAGAUCUGCUCAUUAGUUUAUAGCCCUUAUGCAUAUGAUACUGAGGAAACUGGUUAACAGUACUAUUUGUGGAGAAAGCCAGUGAUUUCAUAAUAAGAAAGGUCUAUGACCCUGGAACGGAGAUGCAUGUUAGGGACAGAGGCAUUUAGGUUAGUAUUGAUCUUAAAUAAUUAAAGCGAAAGGUGCUUAUAAGACAGAGUUUUAUUUAAAUUUUUUUUGAAGUGUGAGAAUAAAACAUUUACUUUUGUUUGUAAGUAUUACAGUGCCAAAUUUCAAGUCUAGACCAUGAUUGGCAAGCAUGUGUUGUUCAUUCUGUUCUGUUUGUUUAUGUUUUGCAUGAGGCAUAAAUGUGCUAUGUUCCAUUGUCCAUCUGGAAUAAUUAAGCACUCCUUUAGUUAAUUAUCUCGCCUCAGCAAGAAUCUAUGAUAUACAGUUCUAGCCUGAACCAUCAGAAGUCCUGAAAUGUGCACCAACUGGGGAAAAAAAGUAUGAAAGAGAUCACAAUGGGAGGUUUAGCUAUGUUGAGCUGGAGUCCGACCCAAGUCCUGCAGGUCUCGCGCUGAUGGGACUCCACUAUUUACAGUAAGUGCUCCAACUAACCUGUCAGUGCAAAUGUAAGAAGAACAAGUACACAAAUUGAAGGGAAUGUCCCAGCUGAAGUCUGAAUGUCUCGGAUGCUGAAGUUUGAGCAUAUGUCAUAUAGGUUUUUGUAGGGCAUAAAAUAUCAUAAAUAAUAGUAUAGUUAUAAAUAUUGCCUGGUGAUAAUUAUAAUGUGGAGAGGCAGACAAGUACGGUCAUGGCUCUUAGUGGAGAAGACUUCAUGGGGAAAAUUUGCCAGGGUAAUAUCAGUAAUUAUAGGGUGUGUUCAAAAUAGAGCUCAUGGGGAAAGAUUGGCAGGAUAGGCACUUUCUUAAAUAAAUACCUUUAAUAUAUUGACCAUAAUAGCUGAAAACAAGUCCAAAGCGUUGGUUAAUCUGACUCCUCCAGGCUGAGGACUGGUACCAGGCCAGCACUGCAGAGUCUCCCGUGGGGCUCAGCACCUUCUGCAGGGCCGCGGGACUCUCCGGGACUCCCGUCGUGGGGCCAGCGCGGGGCUCCUGCAGCCUCAGCCCCGCCGAGGGCAGGGGGCACCAUGGCCGCAGCUGGGGGUCCUGCUGGGGACCCCCGCAGGCAGCUGCCCACCCCUUUGCGGAUCGGGAGAGGUCCUGCUCGCGUCCCGGAAGGGUGGAUGGCAAGAAUCAGGUGAUAGGUCUGCGGGAAAAAAAUAAGAUCGCAUCCCUCCCCAGCAUAGAAACGUGGACUAAGCGUGUUAGAGGCUUCUUGAGAAAGCAAAGUUUUAUCUGCAAGAUAAGCGCGUGCAUUCCCAUUCUCUGGAGGCGAGGAAGGCGUCGGGGGAGGAGACCGUGUGUGCGCAGUGCAGGAGCGCAAAGCGCAGACCCAAGGCAAACCCUUCCCGCUGCUGUGCGGUGGCGGACGCGCUGCCUGCUACACACGCAGCCCUUCCCGAGCGAAGGGCGCGAUGCCUCUGAGAGAUGCCGGGGCGACGCUCCCCUCCCUGCAGGUUCCCAUCGCCUCCCUCCAUGGUGGCAGCCCGAGCUGCAGGCUGCUGCGCCCACGGAGGUGGCUCCGUCGCAGCCAUACGCUUUUGCUAGCGACCGUUCUCUCACUUUUUCUGACAGGGGAGUGAAUUUUCGGUUGAAGGCUGUGAGUCCCUGGAUGUGUUUUGAAAUUGGAAGAAUUUUCUGUUUAUACCCACCCCCUUCAAUUAUUUUUCUCUCAUGUAUCAAAUAACAAUUUCCUUUCUCUCUGCAUAAUAGCGAACAUCUAUAACGAACUCAGGUGAUCCUUACUGCUUGCGGGGCAGAAGGGAAGCAGAUUUCAUAUGGCACAUUAUAAACAUUUGUCACCACCAAUCCCAAUGGAUUCAUCAAGUUUUCCUCCUCGCCCUUCUGCUGCUUUAGAGUCGUAGAAAAGCGUCUUUACCAUAUCGAACAUACUGGGUUUAUAGACUCUAUACAUAGGCACAACCUUGCUUCAUCCCUCAUUACUGGCAGGAUCAAAAUGGCAUUUUUAGUGUUUACAGGGAUUUAUGUGAGAACUAUAAUGUGAUCUAUAGUUUGGAGAACUGCCUUGUCCCAACUCUACCUCUGCUUCUGGGCUGGAUGUUGAAAAAACCCAAUCCAUUUUUAAGGAAAGAAUCAGAUAUCCCAUUUUACAGCUGAAGUAACCAUAGUCUUUUGCUGAUUUUUUUUGGAGGACUAUUUGCCACUUUUUUUUUUUUUUUCCCCAUUUCUUGUACAUACCAUCUCCUCUUCCCUUGGUGUGUUGUAUGAUGAUGCCUUAGCUGUUUGUUCACCGUAUUCUACCAUCUCUGGUGCCACGUGCACGAUGCAGUCAAGCCCUCUGGCAAGCGUAAUGUCUCCCGUGCCACUGUGGGUUGCUGCUGGUCAAGGGAAGGAAUGCAUAGCCAAUGACUGCCAGUGGACCCGUUAUAGCUGGCAAAGGCCAAAGUUCAUUAAAGCAAAAUAAAUGUCACUUUUUUUUUGUGGAAUGAAUUACCCUACUGGAGUGUGAUCAUUGUGGUUUUAACCUGGGACCUGCAGUAAAAGAUUAUACAGCAACCUCUGACCUUUUUGAUUUCUGCUUUACUCUUCUAUUGUCAAGGGAACGUCACCGAUCAGGUGAAAGUAAAAUGUUUAAUGGGCCGUAUCACAGUAAUAUCUUACACUGAGUCAAAUUGAUAAACUCUUGCCAAAAAUUCUUAGCAUCUGGCACUUCCACGGAAACCACAAACAGUGAUUGCACAUAUGGGAGCUUCAAGGCUAGAGGUCAUGACAGCAGUUUAUUACAUGCACCUUACAGUGAUCGUUUUCCCUAGGAAAUUAACCCCUCUCUAAUAUAAAUGCAUCAAGUGAGCUCUUCACGGAGUUUCAAUCAUGUUGCUUUGGCUAAGCAAGGAAUACAUGUUAAGCUAAAGUGGUGACAAGAUGCAAUUAAGUAAAAGAUGAUUGAUUAGGUUUCAGUGUUUGCUCAAUAACGUUUAAAAAAGAUGAUUGUGAGAUCAGAAUUAAUAUGCUAGGUACUAGCUUCCUCAGAGGUCUUUAUUGCGCAGUUACCGACUGUCGUAGCGCUGGCACGUAGAGAUUUCCCGGCAUUCAGAAAAGGUUUCGGAGCAGCGUGGCCCUCGAUCCCGCUGCUGGGUGCUCGGCUGGGCAGCAGCACGGUUGACUGUCGAGGGGACGAUUCCUGCCACGCAGUGCUGCUCUCAGCCCCCCAUUUACCACGGCACUGUGGGUUAAACCCUGUAUCGUCAGCAGUUAGGGGCCGGUGGUAAAUGCGUUUCACAGUCACGACGUGGAAGACAAUUACGUUGCUGUAAGUGAAGUGCGGUAGUCGCACUCACUAAGAUUGAGACGCCAUCCUAGGCAUUCUGAUCUCCUUUUCUUCUUUAAACUCUGUCAUCAAAAAUAUCCAGACCGCUUGGCUCAGUUGCUGCUAACCGUGCCUGAGGUGUGGCUCGCGAGAGUCUCACGAUGGCCGCUGAGUGGAUUUCUCAGACCCGCCCCGCACGAGUCGGAUGGGUAUUGCCAGGUCCUUUCAGGGGGUCAUUGCCGCGCUGUCAGCAGCAGCUCAGCCACCCCGCUGCGCCAUCAUUGCAUGGAGAUGGUCCUUCAUGCCGGCAAACCUUCCAGGGAUGAUGUGAACCCACUUACCUCUUCCUACUGUGCUCAGGACUCCCAGUUUCCUUAAGGAUCAGAAGUAUGUCCCAAGCCGCCGCCCCAGGCGCGCCGGGGAACCCGGCUCUGUGAUGCUGCUAGGGACGCUGCAGGCUGAGGUUUGCGAGAGCACCUCGUUGAAGCGUGGCAUAAUAAUUCUGGUUGUCCCCAAAAGUCACUAGAAAUUGACAGCAGAAUCCAGGAGGAAGGAAGGGGUUCUUGCAAGCCUGGAGCUUGGUCACAGCAGUGAAAGGACAGAGAGGCUUCUGAAGCACAUCAAAGCCAUGGGAGCUGGAGCCACGGUACCCAGAGUCUCAAGUGCUCAGGAUAGUGCUUUACGCAAUCCCACGCCCCAACCACACCACGCGCUCCCGAGCAGCAGACGCUCCCUGUGCGUGCGGGUCCGUCUCCAGCCUGCCCUCCUCGCCCCGGUGGCACGGGACAGCCGACCGCCGCACCCGCAGCAGCGUGGCCAGGGCUUCUGGCGUCUGCUCUCUCCGCUUAGGGGGUACUUGGGCGCUUGCUUACCUCUUGGCAGGUACCUGAAGUCUUUUGGCUUUGGUGGGAUUUAGGCACAGUCUUGCUCAUUUGAGGCCUAUCUGAAUAAACUGACAACCAUUUGCCCUCCUCAAGGAUGCAGCCGGGUCCCCUUGGUUCUGCACACCCUGUUUCUGCCCAGCAGUGACUGUGAAGGGACUGCCAGAUACUUUGCAUUGGGAACUCUGUUUUUAAGUGAACACCCUAUUUUUUAGCUGUGUAUGGCUGUAUUACUUGUAUAUUUAUAUAUUCUGUAUUUAUGUUAUCAAAAUGUAGUAUUUUGUAGCUGUCUGUUACAAUUUGUUUAACUUGUAAAAAAUAUGACUAUGCUCUCUCGUACUUAACCAGCUGCCUCUCACUGUAGAUUCUCUGCUCCUUUCCCUCUGUGUUGGUAACAAACCACCAUAAUGUAUGUAGAUCGGAUUUUUUUUUUUAUUUAAUUACUUGUCAUUGUUAAAUUAUUUAUUAGUGUUUUUAAAUUUCAUUUCACUGCAUUUUUUUUCCUGCCACCAUUGCCUGGCAGCUAAGAUACAUGACUUUCUCAUACAUUAUGCUCCUUCCCAUGUGCACGUGCGUGCGCGCGCACACACACACACUAAACAAAAACAGAAAAAGAAAAAAAAAGAGAGAGAUUACACUUCAGUAUAUUUGUAAA